UUGAAGUACGUUGCACAUAGAUUGAACUGUAGGUCAAACUUGCACCCAUGGCCAGGUACGACUCGCGCUCUGCCGAAGGCAGUAAUUCUUGGGUGAAUGAGUUUCUUGCUCUUUGUGAUUAUACUGAUGGCCGAGAAGAUGAAGUCGAACAACCUCUGCUGAGGACGUCGGCUUCUAUCGUCGACGGCGAGGAUCUCAAGCAAAAGAUCGAACAUGUGCUUAAAAAAUUACGCAGUCGGCAAUCUGGGCAAUCUGGGCCUUUGCUGGUUCAAUUUUGGACAUCCAAAAAAUCGAACGGCCGGUAUUCUCUUAAAACUCAAAAUUCACCAUUUUUUCUUGUAACAAAUGAUGAUACACUUUGUGUGUAUCGGUGGAUCUCUGGCGAUCGUGACAUUAACUUGCAUGGAAAGUGUGAAGAAGACGCCUCGCUUCCCGGCAGUGUAUUCUAUAGCCAAAAGCCGUCGGUUUGGUCUGCGAAUUCUUUAGCAUCUUUCUGUUUGCCUGUAAAUUUGCUUGGGUAUGAACCACCUUCCUAUCCUAUUCGCCCAAAAAGAAAACUUUCAUAUCAGAAUUGUGUUGGUAUACUUGAAAUAGUAUCCAACACCGAAGAGCUAUGUCUACAAUUUUUCAAGGAAGCUCAUGUUUGUGACCUCUUUCAGAAGAAAGGUUUGAUAUGUUCAGAUGUAGGACUUGAACCCUUGGGCAUGAAAAAGGAAGGUCUGAUUUGUUCAGAUGUAGGACUUGAACACUUGGGCAAGCAAGUAAGUGGCAAAAAUUGUAAUGCAUACAUGUCAAGUAUGGUAUUGAGUGAUUGUUUGGUGAUUUUGGAGAAUUACUCCACACUGUUUAUCCUUUGACACUUGUCAAGUUAU